CUAGCAGCGCUCACUGCAGCAGAGUCUGAAGCUGAAGCGCAAUGCCUCGUUUUACUGUCCACAUCCGAGAUGAGUGGCUGGCGGUGCCAUGCCGGGACACCACCAACACCAUCCAGUGGCUCGGACACGAAGCUCUCAAACGGUACAUGAAGAACAAACCGGACAACGGUGGCAUCAAGGUCGUGAAGGACACUCGGUUUAGGGUGCGCAGGUGUCAGGGUCUGGGUCUGCUGGACGCGGACGACACCGUCGAGGAUGUGCUGGAGGAUAAUGACUUUGUCGAGCUGGCUAUUGAAGGCGACACCAUGUCUCCUGACUUUAUCCCGUAUGAGCCUGGAGUUUCUCAUCUCACAGCAGCAUACAAAGAAUCCAGAGAGUUUAUUGCCUUGGAUGGCAACAGCCUGUCAUCGACAGAUCUGGUCAACUUAGGAAGGGGACUCUACAAGAUAAAGCUGACUAUUGAGGCAGAAAAAAAAGUUGUGCAAUCCAGAGAGCUUUUGGACACCAUCGUCAAAGAAAACAAAGUUGUCUAUGGAAUCACAACAGGUUUUGGCAAAUUUGCCCGAACAGUCAUUCCUGUCAGCAAGCUCAAGGAGCUGCAGGAGAACUUGGUGCGGUCACACUCCGCAGGUGUGGGGAACCCGCUAAGCCCAGAAAGGACCCGCAUGCUGCUCGCUCUGAGGAUCAAUGUUCUGGCCAAAGGGCACAGUGGAAUUUCUCCGGAAACGCUUCAUGCCAUGAUCCAAGCCUUCAACGCUUCUUGCCUCUCCUUCGUCCCAGAGAAGGGAACAGUGGGCGCUAGUGGAGACCUGGCACCCCUUUCUCACCUGGCCCUGGGGCUGAUGGGAGAGGGUAAAAUGUGGUCUCCCAAGAGCGGAUGGGCAGAUGCCAAAUAUGUCCUGGAGGCCCAUGGACUGAAGCCAAUAUCACUAAAGCCUAAAGAGGGUCUUGCUCUGAUCAACGGGACCCAGAUGAUCACCUCUCUGGGGGCUGAGGCCGUGGAGCGAGCCCAGGCGAUUGCUCGCCAGGCAGACAUCAUUGCUGCUUUGACCCUGGAGGUGCUAAAGGGAACCACCAAGGCCUUUGACAGUGACAUUCAUAGGCUGCGGCCCCACCCCGGACAGAUCGAGGUGGCCCUACGCUUCCGCUCGCUGCUGGACUCUGAUCACCAUCCAUCCGAGAUUGCAGAGAGCCACCGGUUCUGUGACAGAGUCCAGGAUGCCUACACCAUGCGAUGCUGUCCUCAGGUUCAUGGAAUCACCGUUGACACAAUAAAAUUUGUCCAGAACAUCAUCAAUACAGAAAUCAACAGCGCCACUGACAAUCCUAUGGUAUUUGCAGAAAGAGGUGAGACCAUUUCAGGGGGGAAUUUCCAUGGCGAAUACCCAGCUAAGGCUCUGGACUUUUUAGCCAUUGCAGUCCAUGAGCUGGCCUCCAUCAGUGAGAGGAGGAUUGAAAGGUUGUGUAACCCGUCUCUGAGCGAGCUGCCAGCCUUCCUCGUCAACGAGGGAGGACUCAAUUCAGGCUUCAUGAUUGCUCAUUGCACCGCUGCUGCCUUGGUUUCAGAGAAUAAAGUUUUGUGUCAUCCAUCGUCUGUGGACUCCUUGUCCACCAGUGCUGCCACAGAGGACCAUGUGUCCAUGGGAGGCUGGGCUGCCAGGAAGGCCCUGAGGGUCGUGGAGCAUGUGGAGCAAGUUCUUGCUAUAGAGCUGUUGGCAGCCUGUCAGGGCAUCGAGUUCCUCCGCCCACUUAAAACCACCACUCCGCUGGAGAAGGUCUAUGAACUUGUGCGCAGUUUGGUCAAACCGUGGAUCAAAGACAGAUUCAUGUCUCCAGACAUUGAAGCCGUUCACCGUCUUCUACUUGACCAGAAGGUGUGGAACGUGGCCAAACCUUACAUCGACAAGUAUCAGACUGAGGUCAUCCCUGAGUCCCGUCCCAUCUCUCCUACCGCCUUCUCUCUGGAGGCUCCAGCAUCUCCGAGGAAGCGUUGCCGUCAUGAGUGAAAACCAUUUUGUUACUUUGCAAUAACUAUAAUUAAAAGCAUAAUUUAUUGAGACUUGUGUGGAUUUGAAUGAAAACCACCUAAAAUGUUUGAUUGAAGAUCAAAGAUUGAUUGGAAGAUGUUUUGACCCUCGUAGACUGAAUUCACACUUUGAUUUCUGUCAUUUUUAAUCAUUGAGGAUAUCUUGGUAACUUAAUAAUUGGGUAUUUCUCUAGUAAUUAUUGGGCGUGUAGCUUGCCCUGCACCGCUGUGCACUAGAGUUGUAUUUAUCUACACUUUUGUUGUCCCUUUAAAAUGUGCCUAAUUUAGUUUUUAUUGCCACAUGACUACCUCAGCCAUUGUACCAUUUUCAUAUCAAUUAAUGAUGUAGCACAAACAUUACUAUGAUUAAAUAUUGUUUUCUGUAGUAAUUAUAUGAAAUCUUAAAUGAAUGUUAUCUGUAUAUUUCCAUUAGAGAAUACAACAAUAAAAGUUUCUGCUUUCUG